AUGAAUUCACAGCUAAAUCCACUUGCCGGCACAUUUAAAUCGUCCGUUGCCACUAGAGUGACGUACGCCAUCAUCUUUUUACUAAACUCUCUCCUGUCCUGGGUCAGCCAAACGCACUCGCUGACCUCCAUGGUGGAAAAGUGGACAUGGGGAUUGUUCAAGUACGGAAACGAGUACUGCAAAAAGCACAAUUGUGUGGGAUUCACCAAUGUCCAGAGACUGGGCUUUUCGCUCGGACUGAUGCACCUGGUGCUUGCGAGUCUGCUAAUCGGCGUGAAAUCGACGUCGAAUCCGCGUGCAGUGAUCCAGAACGGCUACUGGAUGGUCAAACUGUUUGCACUUGCCUUGUUCAUGCUCAUAACGUACUGGAUCCCAGACAAGUUUUUCCUAUUCUGGGGUAAUUUCAGCUCAGUCUUUUUUAGCACCUGUUUUAUUAUGAUUAGUCUGAUUUUGCUGGUGGACUUUGCACACGAAUGGGCUGAAACGUGUAUGGAGCGCAUAGAGGAGGGCGAAAUCUAUCUGGACGAUGCAGAGACCGAAAAUAGCUGCUUGGAGGGCCCUUCGUUCUGGCGAUCGCUGCUUGUCGGGGGCACCCUGGGGAUGUAUCUAGGAGUCAUCGUUCUCACUAUCGUGAUGUACAUCUACUUCUCGCAUUCAGGAUGUGCUCUCAACACGACGGCCAUUUCGCUGAACUUGGUUUUCGUGCUCCUCGCCACUGCGCUUUCUGUCUCGCCAACCGUGCAAGAGUAUAACCCGAACGCAGGGCUCGCACAGUCGUCCAUGUGUUGCAUUUACUGCACGUAUCUGAUUUUCAGCGCCUGCCUGAGCGAACCAGAUGACAAGCUCUGCAAUCCGUUGGUCAGAUACUCGGGCACCAGAACGCUGUCGGUGGUGUUGGGCGCAUUUUUCACGUUCGGAGCCGUGGCCUACACAACGACGCGGGCGGCGGCAAACUCUGUCUUCAGCCACAGCGCAAACUCAAAUUACUCGAGCAACGCAGAAACUGUUCUGGGAGUGGUGUCGCAGCAGCCAUCGCGCAAAGAAAUGAGACUCCAGGCUAUACGACAGGCAGUGAACGAGGGAUCCUUGCCAGAGUCUGCUCUCGAGGACCCAUCGUAUUUUGACGACUCCGAGACUGAUUUGGGCGAGGAAGAGACCCUGACAAAGUACAAUUACGCGCUCUUUCACUGUCUUUUCUUCCUGGCUACGCAAUAUAUCGCUGCGCUGCUUACAAUCAACGUGGUGUAUGAGCCGGACUCCACGAGCUUCGUUCCAGUGGGCCGCACAUACUUUAACUUCGGCAUGAAGGUGGCGAGCUCGCUUAUGUGCUACCUUUUGUAUAUUUGGACGCUGGUGGCCCCGGUGCUGUUUCCUGACAGAUUUAUCUGA